ACUUGUUCAAAUAAACUAUUAAAAUAUAUUUUUAUUUUAUGUGUUUGUAGGUCUAACGCGUUCUAAACUGUUACAAAAACGACAACGUACAAAACAAAAAUUGAAAAAACUUCAUAAAUCAUUUGCAUCACGCGAAUUACGCGGUUUGAAUUUAAAUUCAUUAGUGCAAGAUGUAAGUAUGUACGAUCGAAUUAAAAAACGUGCUCGAAGUGAUCAUCAUCAUCAUCAUCAUCGAAAGGGUCAUCAACAUCAUCAUAGGUCAAGAUCAUCAAGUCAGCAAAAUUCAAGCGAAAAUGAUGAUACAGAAGAUAGCGACAAUGAUAGUCAAUCACAAUCGUCGUCAAAACGAACAACAAAACAUAAACGUGAUCGUAUAUCCACCACAGUAUCAGAAUUAUCUGAUUCAGAAUUAUCUGAUUCAGAAUUAUCUGAUAAAUCAACGUCUAAUUUGUCUGACGACAGACAGCAUCAUACAAAAUCAUUAAAUAAUAAACAAAAUUUUGUAUUUGAUGAUAAUGUAUUUGAUGCUGAAGAAAGCGACAAUGAUCUCAAAAUGAAUCGUAAAAAACUUGAUGAUCAGAAGAAGACUAUUAAACCUUCACAAUCGCAUCUUUCACCAUUAUUAUCACAAAAAUCAAAUACAGCAACAAUACCGAAAAGCAACGUGAUUAGUGAUCAAACAAAGAAAACUCCUUCGGAUAGUAAGUCAUCAUUAUCCUCAUCGAAAACAGUCGAGAAAAAGAAACAAUUUUCAUUAAAUUCGCAACAAGUGAAUGAUAAGAAAGUGAACACAUCUACUAAAGUGGGGAAAGUAUCGGAGGAUGUAGAGAAAAAACCAUCUUUAACAUCAACAAAAAACAAAUCGAUAUUGAAUGUCAAUCGUUCUACUAUCAAUGAAAAAGUCGUUCCAAAACAACAAUCAACCGUCGUCGCACAAGUCUGUCGAUCUACUGAUCAGAAAAAACCUAUAAAAGUAAAUGAUCAAUCAGUAAAUAAAGCAUUAAAAACAGAUGUAUCAAAAAUAAAACCAUUGUCGCCUGUACAGCAACCUCUAUCAUCAUCGUCGAACAAAUCAACUCACAUACAACAACAAAAACCAACAUCACCCGUAAUAAAAUCUUCUUCAACUAAAGUAUCGAUUAUCGGUGGACAAAAACGUUCGUCAACCGAUGAUCUCUCGAGUUUAUCGUCUCCGAAUGAAGCAAAAAAAAUAAAAUUGAAUGAAAAUACAAUCAAAGUAAAUAAACAGAAACCGAUUAACACUCAUGUUACGAAUAAAACAAGAGAACCAUCGACGAAACAAAUUAAAUCUUCCUCGUCACCUAUUAACACUGAUAAGAAAACACUAAAAUCUAACGUUAUAGAGAAUAUUCAAUCAUCGUUAGCCAUGGAAAACAGUGAACAUAUAGAAGAAACACCGUCUACUAUUGUUUCAUUACCAACUGUCGAUAUACCGAGUGAGAAAGAAAACGAUAAUAAUCUAUUAGAUGCUUCGACGAAUGAUAGCGCAAAUAAAUUUGGCAUUGUAUUUACUAGUCAUCAUCGAACAUCAGCACUACAAAUUUCACAAUCGUUUUCUCGUCGUACACAAUCGAUUGAUCAUAUAUCUAUCGGUAGUUAUGAUAUAUCAAAAACUGGUGAUGUUGAAAAUAAUAAUAAAAUACGUGCACGUGCACAAACAGAUAAUAGCGAAUUGCCGCUCAUCAAGGAAACGCCAUUAUUAGAAUUAUCAGCUCAACAACCACAACUAAUUCCAAUUAUUAAACAAGAAACAUCGCAGGCGUCUUCUUCAUCUAUUAUAUCACAGUCGUUAAUAAAAACCGCAGCAAUUCCACAAUUAAAUGAUGAUGAUACAUUAAAUCCUGAAACAAUGCAAUUAAGUGACUUAUUAUUGGGUAGAAGAGAUGAUAGUGCAAGCACGAAAACUAAAAACAGUAGUGGUAAAAAGGGUGUAAAUCAACAAUUAUCAACUAAAAAACAACAAAUAAGGACGUCUACUAAUAAUACGACGAGUAUUGCUGCUGUCGACGCGCAAUUAUCGACUAAUAACGAUGAGACAAUUAGCAAAUCGCUGUCUUCACCGUCUGAAUUACAAACUGCUACCAUUUUAAAACAUUCUUCAAUCGAUGAUUCUCACCACAGUCCAUCACAUCGACGUUCAUCGGAUGAAAUGACAGCUUCGGAAAAUAUAAAUAACGGUACAUCAUCGAACGAUAAUCGAAAUUGUGUAACUUCUAUAUCGGCACCUCUACGUAGUAAUAACAGCAAACGUUUUCGUACAGAUAACGAUCACAUCAUUCAGAUCAAAUCAGAACCAAUAGAAGAACAACAACGGUCAGAUAGCUCGAAAUCGUUAACAUCAUCUGAUAUUCCUGUAGUCAUAAAACAAGAAAAUAUUGAAAUAAAUAUAACAACAAAAGACAUACAAAAUGAUAAUGAAAACAAUGAAGUACCAAUAAAUGUACCUUUGAGUGAAUAUGAGAAUGCAAAUCAACAAAUGGAAUGUGAAGCACUAAAAAAUUCAGAUAAUAAUCAAUCUGAACAACCACCGUCAACGCAAAAUGAUGAACAAUUACAAUUAGAUUCUAAGAAAGAGGAUGAAAAACAAACGAUGGAUACCGAAACAGCUCCUAGUCAGGAAACAUCUACAACUAUUAGUUCAGUAAUAUCGUCGACAACUAAAACAAAUUUAAAUAGUGAAACAGAAAAUGCAAUUCAAGCACUAUUAUUUUCUUCAGUUCAAUGUACUUCGAUACCAAGACGUCAUAGCUCAGAAACACCACCGCUCAACUCAACAGCAACACCACCACCACUACCACCGGCACCGGCACCGGUACUAGCACCAGUACCACUACCACCACCAUCGUCUCUGACCAUAACGAAAACUGUCACAGAAGAAAUGGUAAUUGCUGAACCUAAUACGAUCGGAAUUGUAAAUGUUCAACCGCCUACAACAUCAUCAAGUAUGAACGAAAGCGUUGAAGAAACGCUGAAUGCUGUUAACAGUUUAUUAAUGUUAAAUAAUCGAGCAGAUAUACCAGCAGUCGUAAAUAGUGAACAUCAAAAAACGGAGACAAAUUCAAAGAUCAUCUGUCAGACGAUAAGUGCAGCACCAACAAUCAGUACACCUAUCUAUAAUGUUGUUACAUCGUUACCGAGUCCAUCGACAAAUCGUUCAACGAAUCGUGAUUUAAUGACACUUGUCUCGAAUAUUGUUGGUACCACUAGUACUUCAUCGUCACUGUCAACAAUAGAAAAACAUCAACGUUCACACAUUGAAGAAAUUAUUGAUGAUGUAGCUAAAGGUCAUACGUCUUCUCCGUCGACUCACGAAACAACAUCAUCUACCACCAUGUCAAUCAUUGAUCCAUUUUCAUUUACCUCGAACGAUUCACAUUUACGGUAUCAACAAAAAGAUCAAACAAUAAAACCGUUUCGCGAAUUACCAUUACCAACGAUGAAAACUCCUUGCCCUACAACAUUAUCAUCUGGUAACAGCGAUUUUUCUUGUGCAAAUAUUUUUGGUAAUAACAGUGAUAAUAAUAAUUCUAUCAUAAAUAAUAAUCUAUUAUCAACAGAAACAUCUCGUUCAUCGACGUCUCCAUCGACAACAACUACGACUGUUCCACUACUAGCAAGACCAUCAGUGUCGAAUACUCCAACACGGGAAACAUCGUCUUCAUCACCUUCGAAUAAAAACACUGAACAGCAACAUUUAUUAAAUGCUGCCGCUCAGUUAUUUCCUCAUAUGUUGACACCCGAUGGAACAUUUUCACAACAUUUUCCGUUUCCAUUUCUAUCUUCAUCAUCACACAAUAGCCCAAAUCAGGCAUCGAAUAUCGUUUCAGCGACAUUUUCUACUUCUCCACCGUCAGCUAAUAAUACUACUAUGAAUAAUAAAGCUCAAUUAUCGUCGAAUAAUGUCGUACUUUCAAAUCCAUUUCCAAAUAUGCUUUUAUCUUCUGAAAAUUCAACUAAUUCGACGAAUAAACUGACAUUGAUAAAUGAUACACUAAGAAAUACAUCCUCUAGUAGCAGUUACCAUCAUUCAAAUUUACAUAGUAAUAGCGAAAUUCCAUUAACAAAAACGCAGAGAUCAAGUGUAGGAGGACGGGAGUCAUUGACAAAAUCAUCUACGCCAACUACAUCAAAUAGGUCAACACCGAUUCAACAGACUGUGCCUGUACCUAUUGCACUUUCUAUUCCAGCUAAUAUUCAGUUACAGCAACAAACAUCGCCGCUUAUCAAUCAAUCAGAAUCACAUGAUAGAACAGGAGGAAAUGUGAGGCAACAAGCAUCGCCUAUGCAACAAUUUCUAGCACAAGAUUCAGUUGUUCCAUUUCGGCCUAUAUAUGAUGCAUCCGAUUUGUACAAUGCACAAGCUCUUUAUCCUCAAAAUUUUGCUUAUGCUGCAGCGGCUGCUAGCAUGUUAAAUGUCAUUGGUGUUAAUCCAAAUGCUUAUACCGAUAAUUUUAUUUAUGUUAAUCCUACACGACCUGAUUCACAUCCAUUACCUAUUCAACAAUUAUUUCAACAAACAGCAAAUUCUCCAAAUACUAUUGGUAGUAAUAAUUCAAAUACUAGUGUAGGUUAUAUGCCCGGUUAUAGUGUUCUUAAUUUUCGUCAACCAUUACCACCAUCACCUCCACAACAUGUCAACGAUACAUUUUCAUCUUCUCGUGAUCCCUAUAGUGUAACAUGGCAAGGAUAUUUAAUAUUAAAAAAUGAUCAAGCAUAUGUUAAAACAAUUCUGGUUGCCGGUAGUCCACAAAUAGCACGUGCAUCAAUGAAUUUUUGGAAUACUGAUUCACAAAUACCAUCGAAUCAACCACAAUCACCAUCUACUCAUAAUCUUCGAAUAUCACAACGUAUGCGUUUAGAACAAGCUCAAUUAGAAGGUGUUCAAAAACGAAUGCAAAUGGAAAAUGAUCAUUGUAUUUUAAUUGCCAUGCCAAAUGGUUCAACACCACAAGAAUAUCAACAACAACAAUCAAAUUUAAAAAAUGGUGUUAUCAAAUAUUUUGAAGAGAAAAAAGCAGCAGGCAUUGUUAAUGUUCUUUUACCAGGCGCUUCACAAGCUGCCUAUGUUGUACACAUUUUUCCACCAUGUCCAUUUGCGUCAGAAAUAUUACAAAGUCGUGCACCAGAUACUUAUCGUUGUGUCGUACAAAAUCGAACAGAUCAAUGUUAUCUACUUAUUGUUAUAACGACAGUUCAAUGA